AGUUGGCAGCUUCAAAACAUAAGCAACUGAAUGGUUAAAGCUUAUGCAUCUCUCCCAAAACAGUGUAUGUUUACUCUUAUCUCUAAAAAAACUAGACCUAUUCUAAUUCAGACAUGUGGAUGUCUCACCUGUAAAAAAAUUUAUCUCCACCAAGGAUUUUCUUUCUUGUAUCUAACUUUAUUCCAUUUGGUUGCAGUUUUAGUCACUUUAUUCUUCUCAUGAAGAUGGUAGACAAUGUGAUCUGGACUAUGUGAUAAUGUACCAGAAAUGCAGAAAUCAUGAAUUUUGAUUCUUUUUUCUCUUUCCUCCUCAAGUUAUUGAUAAUGGCGCUUAGCAAUUCCAGCUGGAGGCUACCCCAGCCUUCUUUUUUCCUGGUAGGAAUUCCGGGUUUAGAGGAAAGCCAGCACUGGAUCGCACUGCCCCUGGGCAUCCUUUACCUCCUUGCUCUAGUGGGCAGUGUUACCAUUCUCUUCAUCAUCUGGAUGGACCCAUCCUUGCACCAACCUAUGUACCUCUUCCUGUCCAUGCUAGCUGCCAUCGACCUGGUUCUGGCCUCCUCCACUGCACCCAAAGCCCUUGCAGUGCUCCUGGUUCGUGCCCAAGAGAUUGGGUACAUCGUCUGCCUGAUCCAGAUGUUCUUCACCCAUGCAUUCUCCUCCAUGGAGUCAGGGGUACCUGUGGCCAUGGCUCUGGAUCGCUAUGUAGCCAUUUGUCACCCCUUGCACCAUUCCACGAUCCUGCAUCCAGGGGUCAUAGGGCGCAUCGGAAUGGUGGUGCUGGUGAGGGGAUUACUACUCCUCAUCCCCUUCCUCAUUCUGUUGUGAAAACUUAUCUUCUGCCAAGCCACCGUCAUAGGCCAUGCCUAUUGUGAACAUAUGGCUGUUGUGAAACUUGCCUGCUCAGAAACCACAGUCAAUCGAGCUUAUGGGCUGACUGUGGCCUUGCUUGUGGUUGGGCUGGAUGUUCUGGCCAUUGGUGUUUCCUAUGCCCACAUCCUCCAGGCAGUGCUGAAGGUACCAGGGAGUGAGGCCCGACUUAAGGCCUUUAGCACAUGUGGCUCUCAUGUUUGUGUCAUCCUGGUCUUCUAUGUCCCGGGAAUGUUCUCCUUCCUCACUCACCACUUUGGUCAUCAUGUACCCCAUCACGUCCACGUUCUUCUGGCCACACUGUAUCUCCUCAUGCCACCUGCGCUCAAUCCUCUUGUCUAUGGGGUGAAGACCCAGAAGAUCCGCCAGCGAGUGCUCAGGGUGUUUACACAAAAGGAUUGAUCUGAAUAUAUUCUCACUGUUUCCUUCAGAGGUACCUGCCAAGGACAUAGCCAGGAACUCAUGGCUGGUGCAGAUUAUAUGGAUGGGGUAAUUUUCACAGCGAGCAGUCCUUCUAGUGUCACUUAUAUCACAGCAAAGAAUAUCCAGAGGCACCUGGCUUCACAGCUUAUUGGGAUGUAUCUGGAUACCUGAAUUUCUGAAUAGUUUUUCCAUUCUUUCUUUUGCUCCUGAUUCCAACAUUUUCCUACUCCUGUGUCAGAGAGACUUGAGGACAGUAGAAAUGGAUAACAGCUCUGGAUGUGUCAUCUUUCCUGCCAUUGCCCAGUGAUAGACUAUGCAACAUUCUCUGGAAUGGCAAUGGGAAGUCCCACCCUCUGCUUGGUUUUAGGUUUAGAGUGUCUUCCAAACCUCUAAGUUUGUGCUGGCAGCACAUUUACAUGGUACAGCCAUUCAGCUAAAUGCUAGUGUUAACCCUUUAGAUUAACCUUUUCAUGUCUUUUAGGAUGACUUAGAUUCCUUUACUUUUCUGCCACAUCAAAAUGCAUAAA